ACUCGACUUGAGCAAGAUGCAACGCAGCACGGGGUUGAGCGUCGGCGUCGGCCUCCUCUCGCUAGGCAUGUACGCAGUGCGGACGCGCCGAGGCCUCUACAAGGCGGCGCUGGACCAGGCGAAGCGCACGCCGCCGGUGCUGGCCAAGAAGCCGCACAUGGUGCCCUUUGGCAACGUGCCGGGCGAGAACCGCGGCGAGAACCCGAUGGACCCGAUCCUGUACAUCGAGGACCCGUAUUACUACGUCCGCGACGACACGCGCAAGAACAAGGAGGUCAUUGCGCACCUCGAGCAAGAGAACGCGUACACGGAGCACAUGACGAGCCACUUAAAGAACGCGCGCGAGAACUUGUACCAUGAGCUGCUCUCGCACGUGCAAGAGACGGACGCCGCGUACCCGUACCCGCACGGCGACUACCUGUACUACACGCGCACCGAGAAGGGCAGCAGCUACACGUACCACUGCCGCAAGGCGCGCAACGACCCGAACGCUGUCGAGGAGCUCAUCCUUGACGAGAACGAGCUCGCCAAGGGCCAGAGCCACUGCGACGUGGGCGCCGUCUCUGUGAGCACCGACCACCAGUUCCUCGCGUACAGCGUCGACUUUAACGGGUACGAGACGUACCAAGGCUUUGUGAAGAACCUUCGGACGGGUCAGAUUCUCGCCGACCGCAUCGAGAACGUCUCGGGCGGCCUUGUGUGGGGCAGCGACGCGACGACGCUCUACUACUCGACGAUGGACGACGCGCACCGCCAGGACAAGAUCUGGCGCCACACGGUGGGCGCGAAUGGCAAGGACGAGCUCUUGUACACGGAGAAUGACCAGCUCUUCUCGGCCUACAUGGGCAAGACGCGCAGCGGGCGGUACCUUCUCUUGCAGUCGUCGAGCAGCGAGACGUCCGAGGUGUCGUUCAUCGACUUGCAGGCGCCGGAGAAGGGCGUGACGCUGGUCGAGAAGCGCGUCAAGGGUGUCGACUACUCGGUCGACCACCAGGGCUCGACGUUCUUCAUUGAGACCAACAAGGACGGCGCGGUCAACUUUAAGCUCAUGAUGACGGACGUAUCGACGCCGUCGGCGGCGCACUGGACGGACGUGUUCCCGUACGACCCGUCCGUCAAGGUCGAUGGCAUCGACUGCUUCGAGUCCUUUGCGGUGCUGCACGGCCGCCAGGACGGCUUUACGCAGCGCUGGAUCCUCACGCGCGACGGCGACCGCUUCACCAAGACGCGCAUGGUGUUCUCGGACCCGAUCUACACGAUCAGCGGCGCACCCAACAAGGAGUACAAGACGUCGACGUACCGCCUCACGUACUCGUCGCCGACGACGCCGUUCACCACGUACGACUACGACGUUGCGACGCAGAAGAUGGUGCUGCUCAAGGAGCGGCCGGUGCCCAACUACGACCGGUCGCUCUACGCGUGCGAGCGCAUCGAAGCGUCGGCCGAAGAUGGCACGAUGAUCCCCAUGUCGCUCGUGUACCGCAAGGACAAGCGCACGCCCGGCACGCCGCAGCCAGUGCACUUGUACGGGUACGGCUCGUACGAGAUUUGCAUUGACCCGACCUUCACGGCGACGACGCUGCCGCUUCUCGACCGCGGCGUCAUUUACGUCAUUGCGCACAUUCGCGGCGGCGGCGAGAUGGGCCGCACGUGGUACGAAGACGCCAAGUACCUCACGAAAGCCAAGACGUUCUCGGACUUUGUCAACUGCGCCGAGCACCUUGUCAAGACCGAGAUGACGCGCCCGGCGCUGCUGACGUGCGAAGGCCGGUCCGCGGGCGGUCUCCUCAUGGGUGCGGUCCUCAACAUGCGCCCGGACCUCUUCCAGGCCGCGAUUGCCGGCGUCCCGUUUGUGGACGUGAUGAACACGAUGAGCGACGCGACGAUCCCGCUCACGACGGGCGAGUGGGAGGAGUGGGGCAACCCGAACGAGGCCAAGUACUUUCAGUACAUGCUCAGCUACUCGCCGUACGAGAACGUCAAGGCGCAGGCGUACCCCAACAUGCUCGUGACCUCGGGCCUCUUUGACCCGCGCGUCGCGUACUGGGAGCCGACGAAGUGGGUCGCGCGCCUCCGCGAGCGCAAGACGGACAGCAACCACGUGCUCCUCAAGAUGGAUCUGACGUCCGGGCACUUCAGCGCCAGCGACCGCUACCACUACCUGCGCGAGAAGGCCUUUGAUUUGAGCUACCUCCUUGACCAAGUCAAGUGCUUGACCGCUGAAGACCACAAGGCGCCCGCCAAGAAAGACUAAGCUUAGGACAAUCAAGUGCGCUCGUGGAAUGCAUGGAUGGGCUACUGUACUCGAUUUUGUCGUGAGCUGGUUUUGGAUUC